UUGUACACUUCAACUCAAAAACCAGCCUGGGGUGAAGUGUUAAAUGCGGUGAAUGCUGUUGGUAGAGUCACCCGCAAUGUUACUGAAAUUCGGUGGAAGUUUUCUGAUCUUCGUGUUAGCGUUAAGAAAAAAGCAGCACAAGAUAAGAAAUAUGCUGGUGGAACAGAAGAAGAAAGAGAACCAACCCCCGGACCCUCAGGAGCUAGGUUUACAGCUACCGGUAGUUGUUUCCGAGAGGAAUUUAUGUUUCGGCCCGUUCAAGAGAAAGAUGAUUCUAUAACCCUCAUUCUGAAUGAGGAUAUACAGGAACAUGAUAUCACAGUACCCAUUGUGCAUUUAGAACCUGAAACUUCAGCACCUACAAACAUUCCUGGAAUUUCAUCAUCCGGAACAUAUGAGGUAGAAACAUGUAGUUCAAGCAAUACUCGUCAACCUAUUGCUGCUACCACGGAACAGCGAAGUAGGUCUAGUACCCCUUCUGCCACAGCUGUUAGGUCAACUGUAACUGGUGAUUCCACUGAUGAAAUGGGUUCAUCUCCAAUGCCAAGUACGAUCAGAAGUGGCAGGAGGCCACGAACCUCUUCUGCCCGAAAAGAUGAAGAUCUUCUUCGAGAGAUGCUUCGUGUUCAAACACAAAUGAGGGACAGUUUUUUACAGCUUGUAGCGAACACCGAGUGCAUUGCAUCUGCAAUGCUAUGCAUUGCAAGAGUUAUGCAGUCGAAAAAUCCUAUCCAAUGAUGCUGUGUUUAUGGUAUGUGUAUAUGUAGUUGUUUACUUAGGUAAGUCCUUUACUUUUGGUAAAUGUGAUAAUAGCGUAGUUGAAAAGUCAUCAAACACUUAUUAUAAAUUUUCCUUUGAGUGAUUGUUAUGAAGGAAGACGGCAUGUUAAAAAAUUGUGUAACUUUCACUUGCAGCCUAUACUAGUCAUGAAAAUGUAACAGGAAUAUUUAGCUCUCCAUAAGUUCAUUAAAAUCAUGAAGUUAAGUGAAAGACACACAUUUGUCAACUAAUAACAUGUGUUGCAGUGCUACUACGGGUAAUGUUUACCCAGGUUUUGGGUAAAAGUUCCGACCACACUCAAAAUUAUAUGUUUGAAAAGAGGCUCAUGUACUUAUUUUUAUUUUUUAAAGGUUCCUUUAUUUUGUAAGACGUAGUCAAUUUCCAGUUCAACGAGUUUUAUUUAUUAGUUUGUAGUUUGCGAAGUAUGAUUCAAGUAGGUUGAAACAGAAAUAAUGGUGCAAAUUCACCAACAGCCUACUGUAAUCGCUGCUAUUUAACACACAUUAGUCUCCAAAGCGCAAGUUGUUGCAUUGGUUCUUUCAUAAGGAUGUGCUGUCUCAUGUUACAUUUUAUAGCUUAACAAGCAAAGAGUAUUCUAUUUUUUUCUUUAUUACUUACAGUAGUACAGUAUUGGGUUAUAAGUUUCUUUUAAUUUACGGGUAUUGAUGCAGGUAAUUCUAGACAUGAAAAUUAUACUGUAUUCCAUUCUUAAAUCUAAAAAAUGGCAACAAAUAACAGUAGUUGUAUUAUUAUUUCACAACGAUGUGGUGACCCAUGUCAAAUUGUGUAGUUUAAGAUGCAAACAGUAGCAAUAUUUUUUUAUUGUUUCAAUUUCUCAAAUAUGUUUUAUGUAAGGAUUUUUUGUUUCACAAACUUUAGUGCCUUUGGUAUUUAGUAGUAUUAAAAGUAUACUGUAUUGGAAUCAAAUUUGUUCAAGGAUAUAGUACAUAUACUAUUAAGGUAAGAGAAAGGCAUUUAAUUUCUAUAAAGAAGUUUAUUUUAUUAUGUACAGUAUAUUGAAAAUAAAAGUUAAAUCAA